AUGGUGUUUUCUUGGAGAGAAGAUCAGCGUCUGCUGCUCUGGCUUCUGCUCCUCUCAGCAUGGGAGGCAGGGAGCGGCCAGCUCCACUACUCCAUCCCCGAGGAGGCCAAACACGGAACCUUCGUGGGCCGCAUCGCUCAGGACCUGGGGCUAGAGCUGGCGGAGCUGGUGCCCCGCCUGUUCAGGGUGGCGUCCAAGGACCGCGGGGACCUUCUGGAGGUAAAUCUGCAGAAUGGCAUUUUGUUUGUGAAUUCUCGGAUCGACCGGGAGGCGCUGUGCGGGCGGAGCAAGGAGUGUAGCAUCCACCUGGAGGUGAUCGUGGACCGGCCGCUGCAGGUUUUCCACGUGGAGGUGGAGGUGAGGGACAUUAAUGACAACCCGCCGGUAUUUCCAGUGGCCACAAAGAAUCUGUUUAUUUCUGAAUCUCGACAGCUUGGCUCUCGGUUUUCGCUAGAGGGCGCUUCAGACGCAGAUAUCGGAACAAAUUCAUUGUUGACUUACAGUCUUAACUCCAGUGAGUAUUUUACUUUGGACGUUAAAAGAAAAGAUGAGGAAGUUAAAUCCCUGGGACUCGUGUUGAAAAAACUUUUAAAUCGAGAGGACAUUCCCGAACAUCAUUUACUGAUAACAGCAGUUGAUGGCGGGAAACCGGAGCUAACUGGCACCACUCAAGUGAAGAUCACUGUCCUAGAUGUGAACGACAACGCCCCCGCGUUUGAGAGGACGCUCUACAAAGUCAGAUUAACCGAAAACGCACCAAAUGGUACCGUAGUAGUGGAUGUCAACGCCUCUGAUUUGGAUGAAGGAGUAAAUAAGGACAUUGUAUAUUCUUUCCACACGGAUAUGUCAGCUGAGAUCCUGUCAAAAUUCCACUUAGACCCGGUUAAUGGACACAUCACUGUGAAAGACAACAUAGAUUUCGAGGAAACGAAAUCUUUUGAAAUCCAGGUAGAGGCAGCAGACAAGGGAAACCCUCCAAUGACAGAUCACUGCACGGUUCUCGUUGAAAUUGUGGACGUUAACGAUAAUGUGCCUGAAUUGGUCAUCAAAUCACUAUCAAUUCCCGUGUUAGAAAAUUCUGCACCUGGCACCGUGAUCGCCCUGAUCAGUGUGUCAGACCGUGACUCUGGAGCCAAAGGGCAGAAUUACUAUUCGCUCGUGCUGGACAGCGCCCUGGACAGAGAGACCACACCUGACUAUAAGGUGGUGGUGACAGCCCGGGAUGGGGGCUCGCCCUCUCUGUGGGCCACCGCCAGCGUGUCCGUGGAGGUGGCUGACGUGAAUGACAAUGCGCCCGCGUUCGCACAGCCCGAAUACACGGUGUUCGUGAAAGAGAACAACCCGCCUGGUGCGCACAUCUUCACGGUGUCGGCUACGGACGCGGACGCGCAGGAGAACGCACUGGUAUCCUACUCGCUGGUGGAGAGGCGGGUGGGCGAGCGCUCGCUGUCGAGCUUCGUGUCUGUGCACGCGGAGAGCGGCAAGGUGUUCGCUCUGCAGCCUCUGGACCAUGAGGAGCUGGAGCUGCUGCAGUUCCAGGUGAGCGCGCGGGAUGCUGGUGUGCCUUCCCUGGGCAGCAAUGUGACUCUGCAGGUGUUUGUGCUGGAUGAGAACGACAAUGCGCCCACGCUGCUGGGGCCUCAGGCGGGCAGCACAAUAAGCGAACUGGUGUCACGGACAGUGGGUGCAGGGCAUGUGGUGACAAAGGUGCGCGCAGUGGAUGCGGACUCUGGCUACAAUGCGUGGCUGUCCUAUGAGCUGCACUCGGCCAUGGGCAGCGGGCGCCUUCCGUUCCGGGUGGGUCUGUACACAGGUGAAAUCAGCACCACUCGUGUCCUAGACGAGACAGAUGCGCCAAAACAGCGCCUACUGGUGCUGGUGAAGGAUCAUGGCGAGCCAGUGCUGACAGCCACAGCCACCUUACUAGUGUCUCUGGUGGAGAGUGGGCACACGGCAAAUGCCCCAUCACGGGCCUUGGUGAAUUCUGCGGGCAGGGAGGCAUCGCUGGUGGAUGUCAACGUGUACCUGAUCAUCGCCAUCUGCGCCGUGUCCAGCCUGAUGGUGCUCACGCUGCUGCUGUACACCGCGCUGCGCUGCUCAGCGACACCCACAGAGGAUCCCUGCGGUCCUGGGAAACCCGUGCUGGUGUGCUCCAGCGCAGUGGGGACCUGGUCAUACUCACAGCAGAGGAGACAAAGAGUGUGCUCUGGAGAGGGUCCGCCCAAGGCCGACCUCAUGGCCUUCAGCCCAAGUCUUACACCCUGUCCAGUUAAUCAGGAGAAAGAGGACAAACUGCUAUCAGACAUUGAUUUCUCCGUCAAAGUGAGUAAUUUUCCCCUCUAA